CCCUGGCCAGCCACUGCCGGGAUUAGGCUGCUCCAACAGUCUGGCUGACACUCUGUGCAGGAGCAGGGUCCGGGGGUCUGGAGGCAGCACAGGCGAACUGCUGCGCAGUCCUCCAGCAGGAACUCUAGAACUGAAGCAGUAACAAUCACCAUUCUGAAGAUUUUAAAAUUAUGCAAGUUUAAAACAACCUUUGAAAACACCCAACUUAAGAAAAUACCAAAUUUCUGGUGGUGGUGUUGUUGUUGUUGUUUGGGAGUUCCCCCCCCCCAUCCUUUAUUUUUUUUGUACUUUUCUUGUAAGGCUGCAAGUAUUUUAGUUACUAUGCCUGCUGAGGAGCCAUAUGGAAAAAUCGGUUCUCUCCUCUUAAACUGGUUGCACAGUUUUGAUUUUCAUGUGCCUACAGAGAUCUGAAAAGUCUAUGUCGUUUUAUUUUAUGCUUUUUCGGCAGAGAGGGCAAGUGGUCUGUGGAUCAUCUGGCCAAGAACACAAUAGUACUGAAGAUGUCCUGGUUCAGGUUUUAUCUGCCUCUCCAUGUUCUCAUGGCAGCUUGCUUGUGCCAUUCCAUAAAAGCACCUACCACCAGUUCCCAACAGAGCUUCAGGACUGAUCUCUUCAAUUUCUACCACUCCCUGAUACUUGCUGAUGGUAAGGAAACUACAGUCCACCUGAUGAAGGAUAUACCCAAAAGGUACUACUUUGUUUUGGAAGAAAGCAGAGUCCUUUCACCUUUCACAAUAACUGUGACCCCCUGUGAUGUUCCCAUCGAAUGGAGCAUACUUGUGCACAAGGCUUCAGCAAGUUUGCCAGGAAAAGAAACACAAGGUGACCAUGAUACACAGGAGGUCUCAAAAUCUCAGAAGGCCCCAAGCGUGGUCUCCACCAUUUUUAACUACAAGGGAAAUUCUGUAGAGACUUACAUGGGUAUGUCUUCUCAUUCUGCCCUUUACAUGCUGGAGUUCUUAUCCACUGAGCGAGACACACACAUUACUGUGUACCUAACGACUGACACAACAUCUGGGCACCUCUAUCCUGAGCUUCCAAUGGAUCCACGCAUAGAUGUUAUUGGAGUUGGGCAUACAACUGUGACUCUGACCUGGAAACACAGUCCUUCUGUCCUGCAACAUAGAGAAAGCAUCCAGUACUGCCUCCUAGUUAACGAGAAGCACAACUACAAGAGCUUAUGUGCUGCUGAGACAGCAAUCAGGUCCUCUGGAAUGAAGCUGCCACCUACACUGGCUUUGUCCCUCUCUCCGUACCUUCUCGAGCCGCAGCAGGUGAUGAUACUGUCCAACAGUGAACUGAGCAUCAUCAACAAAGUGAGCAGUGGGGAAGUCCGGCAGAUCUGCAUGGGCACCAAGAACACUUACACAGUGCCCAACCUCAGCCCCAGCACCCAGUAUUACUUUGAUGUUUUUGUUGUCAACCUCCUCACAAAUGCCAGCGCCGCUUACACCGGGACGUUUGCAAGGACCCUGGAAGAACCCGAACCCAAGGUGACCGAGCUGAAAGAUGGGAAAGUGAUUCAGGUUGUCCUGGAUGGGCAAAAGCAGAAAUCCUACAGCCUGCAGUACCAGGCGAGGCACAAGAAAGUGCAGUUCUCCUUUCAGUUGUGUCGUGGUCAAGUACGGGUUCACAUAACAAGGAACAGCAAAACGGUGGCAUCGGAAAACAUCUCAGGGCUGAAGUAUUUCUCUCUGAAGGGAAAGCUGCUGGACACGUAUCUGGUGCAGCUGAGGUCCACAGAGGAAUCUAACUCUUCUGUGAAAGUUCAGGUGUCCCCGCAUUUCCACAAGCCUUUAUUCCCACUUCUUCCAGAGAGCUUAAAAAUCAAGUCCUUCAGUAAACUGAGAACCUGCAACUCUGUGACCAUUGCCUGGCUGGGAACACAGGAGAAGAGCAAGUACUGUGUGUACAAGAGAAGGAUUGAGGAAGAUCAGGUCUGGAGGGAACUGCAGAGUGCAGACAGGUGCUCUGGACCUGAAUCUCGGCACAAAUCAGAGAAAGUACUGUGCAAGUAUUUCUAUGAUCUGAAUCUCCAGCGAGCCGUCACCACAGAGACCAUCAAAGGGCUGGAUGCAGGAACACUUUACUUGUUUGAUGUUUAUCUCUUUGGGCCAUCUGGCAUCCCUGUCAGAUAUCACAGCAAAGUUGUGAAGACCAGAAAAAAAUGCUGAAGGUUUUAAAGACAAGUUUUGAAGUGAGUGAAUGAAGACUUCUCAAAAUCUACACCAAUCCAUGUCAUAGCCUGUGCAGUUUAAAAUAUACUGAGACAGAAAAAAUAAAAAGCCAUGAGAUUCUACAGAGAAAAAAAAAAUCUUAGUUGUCUAGACCAUUACACUUACUUUUACAUCUCCUCUCCUGUGUAGGGUGAGGUUUUUUCUUUUCCUAUCUCAUUCAGACAUCAAAAAGAGACCUGUGAAACAAACCCACGUAUGUGGAAAUAAAAUACCCUAAUGGCACCUAUGAGAAAUAGAUUGGUUACCUAAAAUGCUUCUGAAAUCCAGUACAGAAGUGCUGGGAAAUGCCUCACAAGAAGCACACAUUAUUUUCAAAUCCCAGAGAGUUUUUCCACUUUCUGUAACUCACUGAAGUAACGAGGAACUGAGAGACCCCACAAGGCAGGCUACUCUUGAGAAACUGAACUUCCUCCCUGCUUGAACAGAGAUGGAAACAACAAGAAAUUAAAAGAAGCAGUGCAACUGGUGUAAAGCUCCACACCUCGAGUGAAGCAGGCUGAAAUACAUCUUCCCCUGUUACCCAUGUGUUUGCUUGGUUUCAUUUCUAUAGAGAAACUGUGCUUGAUUAGAAACACAAAAUUCAGGCCAGGAACUAGCUCUGGAUCCAGCUUUUCUGGGGAGUAUACAAACACACUGCUGUGCUGCUGCCCAUUGAGGAAAGCAGCAAGUGGGGAAUUCUGCCACGGAAAGAAGAUUUAUCUAUAACCUCAGAUAUCGAGCCCCUGUCUAUGACUGUGUGACUCCUGAGUGUAAUAUAUUCAUCUUUAAAUGAGCCUAUAUCAAUUAAUGCAUUGCUUUGAGAAAAACUAAAUGUGGUUUUCCUAUUAAAUACCAUGGAGGAAAAAAAUAUUUGUAGUAAAAAUUCUGACAAACACUU